AUGUUCGCCAAAUCGAUGCUUUUUGCCAUGCUGGGGGCCUCUGUGGCCAGUGCCCACAUGAUUAUGACUAACCCUGUCCCUUAUGGAGUGGACACCCUCAACAAUUCUCCUCUGGCAGCCGAUGGCAGUGACUUCCCCUGUAAGCUGCGCUCGAACACAUACGAGGUUACCGAGGAGAAUGUGAUGGUGAUCGGUCAAUCUCACAACUUGACCUUUGAGGGUAGUGCCACCCAUGGUGGUGGAUCCUGCCAGAUUAGUCUCACCACGGAUUUGACGCCCUCUAAGGAUACCGAAUGGCAGGUCAUCAAAUCGUUCGAGGGUGGCUGCCCGGCCAAUGUCGAUGGCAAUCUCUCCGGUGGUGCUACCAUGGUUGAUCCGUACUCUUUCGAUUUCGCCAUUCCAGAGGGCAUCGCCGCUGGCAAGUAUACUCUUGCCUGGACCUGGUUCAACCGUAUCGGCAACCGUGAGAUGUACAUGAACUGUGCCCCAGUCACCGUGAAGAGUGCCAGUUCCUCUAAAAGAUCCGAGGAGGUUGAGGUCAAAGCAGUCGAGAAACGUUCUUCCACCUUCCCGCCCAUGUUCGUUGCCAACAUCAACGGCUGCACUACCUCGGAGAACGUUGAUAUUCGUUUCCCUCAGCCUGGUGACGUUGUCCAGUACCUUGGCGAGGCUUCCAACUUGGCCAAGGUGGGUGCCGCAGCUUGUACUGGUACUCCCACCUUUGCCAGCGCAGGUGACUCUGCCACUGGCACCAAUUCUGGAUCCGGCUCCUCUGGGUCCGGCUCAGCAGUGGUGACGUCCGCCGCUGCAGCCACUACCCCUGCAUCAACCCAAGCCGCCGAGCCUGCUCCAGCCUCCACAUCGGCUUCAUCUGCACCUGAACCUGCCGCUCCUUCCGCUACCUCUGCGGCAAUCCCAGCUUCUCCUUCCAGUUCUAGCUCUAGCUCCAGCUCCGGUUCUUCGAGCUCUUCCAGCUCUUCCAGCUCGGGUGCUUUAAGUGGCUCGUGUAGUGAUGAGGGUGCAUGGAACUGCAUUUCCGGAACAUCUUUCCAACGUUGUGCCUCCGGUGUAUGGUCUGCCACCCAGGAAAUGGCUUCUGGAACCUCCUGCACUGCAGGUCAGAGUUCGGAGUUGACAAUUGUUGCCACCAAGCGAGCUCGUGCUGCUUCGGAGUUGCGUUUCCGCAAGCGCAGCAUUGGUGACUCUCACCACGCUUAG